AAUAAGCAGAUCGAUUUCUCACUAUCAAAGUAGCUAUGGCCAGAUUUGAAGUUGGUAUUGCAUUCAUGGUUUUACUAGCAUCCAUGGCGGUGACUACUUGUGUCACCAAAGCCACCAUAACUUGCGGUGAGGUGACAGCCUUACUCAUUCCUUGCAUUCCGUUUGGAGUGUUAGGAGGCAUCGUGCCACCGGGUUGUUGCGCCGGGAUCAAAGGGCUCAAUGCUGCACAAAAUACGACAGAGGAUCGAAGAAUUGCCUGUACUUGCAUUCAGGAAGGAGCUGCUGGGAUUCCUGGGAUUGACUAUGAUCGUAUAAACAUGCUUGGUGAUCUUUGUGGUUCUGCUUGUCCCUACAAAGUUUAUCCAUCUACUAAUUGCUCUCAGGUAAGCUGAACCUCUUGAAGGGAUUAUCCUAGUGAGACAAGGAGUAUAUGAAUGAAGCUUCCGGGCAACCUUCGUUCACUGUCAUCUGUUUGUAAAACAAUACUUGUGGUAUUUGAGGAGAUAAUUACAUGUAAUACAUAUUAUGAAAAAUUGGAACCAAUAGCAUGAAUAAAAGUCUUAAGACAACUAAA